AUGAACACCCAACCAACUUCUCCAAUAAAACCACACCUCUCCGCACAGUCACAGAAUUCUCUCUCCAUGAAACCCAUCCAAUCUCGAAACAUUCAUUGCAAAGUCAUUUACGAUUUUGAAGCCAAGGAAAAACAAGAACUUUCUGUUCAAUGUGGUGAAUUAGUCGAAGUGGUGAAACGCUACAAAGAUGGAUGGAGUUGGUGCAUUGUGAUGCGAGAGGAAGGUGAGAGUUAUGGACUCAUUCCAACGGCGUAUUUGCAUGAAGUGCAACCACACCAGCCUUCUUCUUCUUCUUCUGAGAGUGGUGGUUUUGACUCUAUUCAUUCGCAUCCAGUGCUUCAUAGUAUUGCGAAAAUCAUUCAAGAAGAAAAUGUUUCCUUAUCAACCGCACCAACGUUGAGUGACAUGAAGGAUGAAUGUUCUGAAACGAACACAAUGAUGAAUUCACAAGCUCAUCCAUCUGGAAACACACAAAUUGUGUUCGUCGAUGAGGAUGGAAUGGUUUCCAAUGUAUUGACUUUUGGAAACAUGAUGAAUGAACAUGAAUCCGAUGUCGACACUUGCACAACCACAAACAACAACAACAACCCUCACUCCUGUAUCAGCAGCAGCACCACUACCACCUUCAAUUCAAACCCAAAGAAAGAGAAAACCAAGUUCCUGAAACGAUUGGGAUCUUUCUUUCAGAAACCUGCUUCGAAUGGAAAGAAGAGCAACACUCUCUCGGAAGAUCCUAAUGAUAACAACAACAACAAUAGCGAAUACGAUGAAUCAAAUAAGAAGAAGAAUAAGACGACCAAUGCUUCAAAAACCUUAAAACCUCAUCGUUCCAUGUUGAAUUUAAAGAAACAAUUCAGUACUUUACGAAUUCGUUCAUCGAAAGAAGCUCCAACGACUACUUCUUCUCAUGAAACCCAACAACAACAUCCGAAUCAGCACUCAGAGACUCUACAUGAAAAAGCCUUCACUCUGCAACCUCAAAAACGAGCAGUACCUUCUUCACGCAUCUCUCCAUUGGAAAUCAAAACAAGUAUUGAGCUCAUGACUCAAUUAAAACAACAACAAGAACAACAACAGAAUCUUCAUCAUCAUGGUAAUUCUUUGAGUAUUCUAUCUUCGGAGAGUUUAUUCCCCAUGAAAGCUUUGCAAACAACAGCGAAAAAUAGUAACGCUAAACGAAGGUCGCAAGACUCGACGAAUAGUACAAAUUCAUCCCCUAACAACCAUCAUCAGAGUUCGUUCCGAGACUCGAUUUCGUUUAACCUCUUUUCAAAACAUCGAAGAUCAAGAAAAAAGAACGCCAUUCCGACGGAUCGUGCUGUUGAAAUAUUGUUGAAUAAUUUGGAUUGUUUUAAGAGGAGAAGGCAAUUUCGUUUGUAUAUCAAGAAAGAUGAAACAUUGAAAAAACAAAGAAGAAGACUAGAGUUAAUCAAGGAAACCAUUGAAACGGAGAGAACUUAUGUAAAUUUACUCAAGACGUUUAUUGAAGUGUUCUACUAUCCAAUUAUUAAUGAUUCAGGAUAUGCCAAAGGCGUUCUUCGAAAGGAAACAACGACCACACUCUUCAGUAAUAUUGAGCAAAUUUAUCAAAUUAAUCAUACCUUGUUGAAUGAUUGGGAGCGAGAAUUUCAGCUACAUUAUCCCUUCAUUCAAAUAGGAUCUGCCUUCUCACAAAUUUGUCCAUUUCUAAAAGCGUACACUAUUUACAUUAAUAAUUUUGAUAAGGCACAAGAAACCUUUGAGAAGUUGAGAGAUAAGGAUAAAAAAUUUAAGGAAUAUCUUCAAGAGUGUUAUAGGAAUAAGCAAACAAAAGGACAUCAACUUGGUGGCUUUCUUAUUUUACCUGUACAGAGAAUUCCGAGAUACAAGAUGUUGAUUCAAGAAAUAUUGCAUUUGACAUCACAAGAUCAUGUGGAGUAUGAAAUUCUAAAGAAAUGCAGUAUUGAGAUUGAGUCCAUUGCUUCAUAUGUAAAUGAUGAAAAGAAGAAGGUAGAACAAAACCAAGUCGUGUUUGAGGUUCAAAAUCUCGUUCAAAAACACUAUAAUUCAUUCAUUCAGCCCAAUCGGAAAUUUGUAAGACGAGGAACCAUGCGAGUUCGAGCAAUAACACAUCAUAUUGAACAGCAGCUCAUGGAUGGAAGAUCUUCAAAAUCGAUUCGGCCAGUUUCACUUAUCGACAUUAUGAACUCGAUGGUGUGCAAGGAAGCAAAAUUUGACAUAUUCCUUUUCACAGACGUGUUGGUAUUAAUUGAAAGAGACAAAAGCAAAAACAACCACUCAUCUCAAAUCAUGAAUCCAGACAGUUUACACUUCAUUUUCUUGCAGUUUGUAGACUGUAGAGAUUUUACCAAGUACUCACCAAGCCAAUCACAAAGACAGUUUAUUGAUUCUCCGAAUGCUCUGUUAUCCAAUCACAACCAAAAGAGAAGUAGUAUUCAUCUCAAAGACAACACCAUCACACGAGUUGAAUACGAAGAUUGCACAUUCACAUUAGAAGCCUUAAUCAAAUCUGUCAAGACAGAGUAUACCUUUCAUUGUACCACUGUGGAUGACAAGAUGAGUUGGAUGAGCAGUAUUAAGGACUGUCUUGAAAAUAUCAGUCGUUCCAAUAUUUCCAAGGGAAUCGAUCAAGACAUGUUUAUCGUUGGUAAGGAAAGAGCUUCCCUCAACCGAAUCGCUAAAUACAAGUUGGAAGAGCAUCAGAAAUUGGAAAAGAGUAAUCUUAUGAAAAUUUCUUAUUUAACACAGCUGGACCAACAUCUCACCAAGAAAAAACAGCAACUCGCCAAGCUUCAGAAAGAAAUUAGCAUUUACGAGAUGGACAAGGAACAAGUGCUUUCUGAUGUGAAAUGUGUGACAGAGAAGAAAAAUAAGAUACGAGAGGACUUGAAAUCAUACUACGCAUCCAUUCAAGAAAAGGACCUUGCCUGUAUGAAGCUCUUGAAUGAAGACCAUGCGUUUAAAUUAGUGUUUGAUGAUGUUCCAUCCGUGGAUAUUCAAGCAGCUUAUUCCUACAUGACCAAAACAAAAGAUUCCACACGUAGAAAGACAAGUGGAGAUGUUACAUUGAAUCCAUCAAAUGAUGAAAGCUCGGACUCUCCUUAA